AUGGAUAACCCAGAAGAGGAGGAUCGGCUGGUGGAGCAGAUGACUGAUGAGGUGGUGCAGGACGAAGGCCUUGUUGAGGAGGAACCUGAGGACCUCACACAGCCCCCAGGCCUUCAACCCCUGUCCCUCUGCACCAGGACCAUCCUCACUACAUCCACCCACAGGACUGCAGCACCCUGCCCACCCUCCUCUGCAGUCUCCUCCUCUGCGCCCUGCCCAGCCUCCUCUGCAGUCUCCUCCUCUGCGGCUCCUGCUCCUGUUCUUGGACCCGAUGGCGUUGCAGGCUGGGAUAAGGUGCAGGAUCUGGCUGAGUACCUGGUGUCCCUCCGUCAGGCACUCUACCUGGACGAGCAGCAGGUCACAGAGGUCAUCCGUCUGUGGACUGCUCUUCCUGAUGGGGACAAGAGGAAGAUCCACUAUCAGCCCAGACACCAGCCCAAACUGACCCACGGACGCUUCAAGGCUCCGAAAAACACAGGAGUGACACCGGGUGUGGACAGUGUGAAGAGGUGCCUGAUUGGUCAUCCUGGGGGGCCGGCUCAGUGGCCCAGCACCAGUCGCUUAGUUGAGGCCAUGUGCAUCAAACUGUGUGCACUGCACAAGUCCCCAACUAAGAAGGAUGGAGUCCGUCUUCCUCGUUGGACUAAGGUGCUCGCGGAUUACCACCACAUCCGAGACCUGGUGCUGAACUGCCAAACUCUGAUGGAGGCCACGUCACUUCAGCUGUUUAUGCUGAAUCAGAGGACUCUCACUCAGUGGGAGAACGAAGUGACUCGAAGUGACUGUCCUUACCCAGGGCCUUGCUGCAGAAGACCGCAUAGCUGUGGCCAGCUCACAGCUGCCUGCUCUGCGGGAAAAGCUGGAUGA